CUCUCGGGACCCGCCCACGCAGGCUCUACGGAAAAGGGCAAAACAACAGGACACGCCCCCCCGUGGCCAGCACAGUACUGGCUCCUUCCCACACUCGGAUCCGGCCCUGGUCAAACUCGUCAGACGGGAGGGAUGCCUGCUCCCGAGGGUUGCCCCCACAGGCCGGGUGAGGGUGGGAAGCGAGGAUCGGACCCCCCCUUUCCCACGAGUGACGCCAUUUCAGGAGAAAGAAGCAGAUUCUCACUGGCAUGUAAACGAUGAGUAACCAAAACUGAACCGAGAGCAGGGUUAGUUUCGUGUUUGCCUAGGGAGGGGCCGGGGAAACCCCGAGUUGUCCAAAUUGAUUCACCUAGGGAGGAAAUGACACGGGCUCCAGCCUGUGGGCACUCUCAGCUCCCCCGCCGCACUCACAGCGCCGCAGUAGGGUAAUCUAGGGGAGAAUCUCCUUGGGGGAAGAUAGGAGGGAGGAGGACCGCUAUCUGAAAAAGGCUGGAAGAGAGGGAGAGACCGCCGUUUGGCCGGGAUGGCCUAGAGGAAACCAGGCACGGAGGGCUGGGACUGUCUGAGGGAGGACUGUGACAGCCGCUCGGCACCAGGAGCCCAGGAGCGGACUGUGAGGAGAGGUGGUGAUGAGUUACUCAGCAGUUCCUAAGCACCCACUCACGCGGGGCGCGGACAGGCAGAACAGCCCGGAGAGGUGGCCUAGAGGGCGGGCGGACAGACAGCAGGAAGGGCCAGCAUGCCCCCACUGCUGCACCCCGCCCUGCCGCUGCUCCUGGCCGCCACGCUGACCUUCCGGGCACUCCGGCACGGGCUCUGUCGCCUGCCCCUACCCGCGCACGUGCGCGCCGACCCUCUACGCACCUGGCGCUGGCACAAUCUGCUAGUCUCCUUCGCCCACUCCAUUGUAUCAGGGACCUGGGCGCUACUGUGUGUAUGGGAGACCCCCGAGAUGCUGGUGGAGAUUGAGACGGCAUGGUCGCUUUCUGGCUAUUUGCUUGUUUGCUUCUCCGCAGGGUAUUUCAUCCACGACACGGUGGACAUCGUGGUUAGUCGUCAGUCUCGAGCUUCUUGGGAAUACCUUGUCCAUCACGUCAUGGCCAUGGGCGCCUUCUUCUCAGGGAUCUUCUGGAGCCGCUUUGUUGGUGGGGGCGUCCUAACACUGCUGGUGGAGGUCAGCAACAUCUUUCUCACCUUCCGCAUGAUGAUGAAAAUCAACAAUGCCCAGGAUCUCCUCCUCUACCGGGUCAACAAGUAUGUCAACUUGGUCAUGUACUUUCUCUUCCGCCUGGCCCCUCAGGCCUACCUCACCCAUUUCUUCUUGCGUUAUGUGGGCCAGAGGACCCUGGGAACUUUUCUGCUGGGUAUCCUCCUCCUGCUGGACGUGAUGAUCCUCAUCUACUUUUCCCGACUCCUCCGUUCUGACUUCUGCCCUGAGCGUGUCCCCAACCGGCAACACAAAGACAAAUUCUUGACUGAGUGAAAAGACACAGAGCCUGGGACUGCUGGCAAGGACAGCAAACACAGCCAAGAACAGAAACAGCCUCACAUAUAAACUGGGACUUAGCCCCAAGCCUGGGUAUCCUCUGGGGCCAGCCUCUCCACCUUCAAAGCCUGCACCCAUGCUAUUGAAAACACUAAUGAAAGCACUCCUCUGAAGUCCUUGUCCUUUCUUGGGCAAGGGGUGAGGGAAGCAAACAGACCGGUUGGACAUAGUAGAUGGGUGUUUGAGGACAAGGUGCUACCAGAAAGCCAGCCAACCCACACUGCCCUGAAAUUGAUGUUAAUGAAAACUGUGUUUAUCCCUCCUC